AUGGCAAGCUCCCCCGAACUCAAGCGCAUUUUGACAUCAACCCUCCUUGAUGACGUGCACAAGCUGUGGUUUGAUCAUCUGAGCUGCGAAGAGGCACUCAUCCUACCUGGAAUGAGCGAGAUGGGAAAGUGGUUCACUCAUGACGAGGCUUUUGACAAGUUAUGUGUCACCCAAUUUCGCCAUGCUCUGGAAACAAUCGUUAGCUCCGGAGCAUCGGCCUCAGAGAUUAUAUCUGCCUUUAGCCCAUCUUCGCCGGUGGAUUGGCUCAGCCUCAUUAUUCUACUUGAUCAGAUUCCCCGCAAUUGCUACCGGGGAGUCGAGUCGAAGCUAGUGUUUGGGCGCUUUGACCCACUGGCAGAGGAUGUUGCCCUUCGAGCAAUCAAAGAGGGGAUACCGGCGCAGUCGACGUAUCUGAAGUAUCGAAUGGCGUACCGUAUGUGGUUCUAUCUGCCCCUCAUGCAUUCGGAAAACUUGGCUGUGCAUGAGCAAGCUGUCAAGGUGCACGAGGAUAUAGCCAGAGAUUUGAAUGGACUUCUGGCUAGGGACACAUCCACUCUUACAAAAGAGGAAAGAAAAUGUCAAGGCGUUCUAUCCGAGAAGGUGGAGGCACUCCAGGCAUUAUUGAGCAAUAUUUUUGACUUUGAGAAGAGGCAUAAAGUGAUUAUUGAGCGGUUUGGUCGGUACCCGCAUCGGAACCAGCCACUGGGCAGAGUGUCUACCCCAGAGGAAAUUGAAUACCUGAACAAUGGUGGGGAGACAUUUGGGUAA